GGCCGGUGGGGCCUCCAGUGGCCGGCAGCGGUACUGCACAGACAGCUGGUCUCUCGCAGCGUUGAGUCAGUCCGCCGGAGCUCUGCCGACUGGAGGGAUGUGACCCCGGAACAGGACGCCCUCCUACAACAACACACCAUUCAAACAGAGAACAGAAGAAAGAAAAGCUGGACCAGGAGGGAGCCACAGGAGCAGGGGGGAUGAACCGCGAGGAGGCCCCGGGGAAGUCUCCUGAAGACAUGUACAUCCAACAGAAAGUGCGGGUUCUGCUCAUGCUAAAGAAAAUGGGAUCAAAUCUUACACCAAGUGAAGAAGCUUUUCUCCGGAAUUACGCGGGUGUGGUUCACAGUCAGAUGAGCCAGCUACCACAGCACAACAUAGACCAGGGUGCAGAGGACGUGGUGAUGGCAUUCUCGCGGUCAGAGACGGAGGACCGGCGCCAGUGACCCUGGGCCCUGCAAUCCCCCACCCCCCUCCAUUCCGCCCCACUACAUCCUCCCCUGCAUCCCGUCCCAACCCGCACGUAAUCCAUGAACGACCCAAACUCCACAAACACAACACUGAUGAGCUCAGGAGAGAAGGGGCACCUGGGAGGGAUGAAGAGGAGGGGAAGAGACUCCAGGAGGCGGAGCUGCCUCCCUCUCCCCCAGCCUCUUCCAUCCACCAGCUCCUCCUCACACAGGCUGGCACACCAUUACCUGAGAUGCACUCAAGUGCUUCACUGUGGGUUUAAAGCCUUGGUAACAAGGCCGUCAGUGAAAACACUCACAGAUUGUGUGGAUGAAUAUCAAAUGUAGUUUUUUUUCUUUUGGGUGGGAGGGUUCUUGUUUUGUAUUAUUUUGUCUUUAGACAGUGUUAAGUGUUAUAUCUGCUGUGGUCACUGGAGAAACUGACCAAUCAGCAGCUAAUUGAAGCAAAGAGAAAUAUAGUUUUGGUCAAGCAGCAAGUGUGAAGAACGAUCAUGUUAGGAGAGAGAUUUUAAUUAUUUCUGUGCUCCCUAACGGGGCUACAAUUGUUUUUGAUUUAGCUGUUCUGUUAUAAAUGCUUUUUAUUCUGUCACACGAGGGGCCUCACUUAUAAACAAUUAGUGUAAAAAAAUCCAUGAUGGGUUCAAUUCUCCCUUAGAGGUUUCAUAAGCACAUCAACACAUCUACUGAAUCCUGCAGUGUUGGAGAGGAGAAGUAAAAUACAAUUAGCUAAACUCUGCCCUGUUUAUUCUUUAACCAUGCUGCUGCAGGAAGUCAGUAGAAGGACUCAAGCGCAGUAAAGUGAGUUCUGGUCAACUCUUGAUCUUUUUUCUCACCUUUAAGCUGCUACAGACAUUUUUAACACAUCAGUCUUGAUUAGUCUAAUGAUUUGGCUCUCUGAUUAAGCAAUACUCUCUGCUGUGUAGACUCUCUGUCUGUAAAUGGCCAAACCAGAUCUGUGAACCAAAAAAACACAAGUAUUAAAUCUAAAUCAAUAUCUGCAGCAUUUUACUCUCUGUAGCAUUUCUCUUUGUGGAUUUUCAGCAUGAGCUAUGUGAGUAAACAUCACAGGGUCACAUGGCCUGGUGGCGUGACUGGUGUGAUCUGGAAAUGUAAAGAGCUUACACAGUUUUCUACAGUUUUAUAAAUGAGGCCCUGUUCGUUCUCCUGCUGCUUUAUAUUAAACCAUAGGCUGUUGAAAGUGCAACGGGUCUUUCCUUUUGGGGAAAGCGUAAAUAAUUAAAGACACUAGCAAAGAUAAUAAUCACAUGAAACACAGGUGGACAGUUUCUCCCAAACAUUUACUGCUUUUGGGUUGUUGUGACAUGUAAAACUUUUUUUUAUUGUACAGAUGGUUGGGAAAAUACAAUAAUGAAUUGUGCCAAUUGUAUUUUUUGUUGUUUUUUUAUCUGAAAGAUGAAAUUAACAUUAUGAUCAAGAAAAUUGAAAAGAGGAAGGCUGUAGCUGUAAUUUAUUGUUUACUGAUUUGACUCCCUGUUCCCGGAACACAACAUAAAAGAUGGAGAGCUCGUAGAUGAGACAGCCUGACAUGAGUCGCUCUUUACAGCCAUCAGCUGUGACUCCUUGUUCACACUAAAACCACACAAACUCUAAUUUUAAACUACAAGUUAACUAAUCAUGUGAAGCAAACAUAUGAACUGUGUGCUAACUCUGACUGUACUGUAUCUCUUGCACUAUGAUCAGUGGGAUAUUUGCAAAAAAUACAUUUUGAUAUUUAGCACAGGGAUUCUACGUUUGGUGUGGUGGAUAAAAGGAAAACUUUGUAGACAUUUUUAUUUCUUCAGCGAUUUCAAAAAAAAACUUCUGUGAUAAUUGAUUCAACUGGAAUAUCUGAAAAGAAUAUUUGUUAACACCUGACAUGUUUUUCUAGCGACAUGCUCAAUAUUUAAUGUGUUUUAAGUACAGUUUGUUAACUUGUAUAACUUAAAAUAAUUGUAACGUAAUGUUUUGAAGCCAAGCAUGUCUGCCUCCUGGUUUAUAAUGUUCAUUCAAGUAGAGCUGAGGAUCUUUGAAGCUUUGCCACAAUGACCAUUGUUUGUACAGUCUAGACGUCUGUGGAAGCUCUGAGCUCUUUUAAAAUAUCAAAAAAAUCUUUGUUUCUCAGUGGGUAAAGUGUUAUCCUUCAAACCUUGUUGGCAAUAACUUCUUUUUGAAUGUCCUCAGCAAUCAUCGCUGCCAACAGAUCUGUCACAAUGUCCGCCUACGACAAAGAAAUUUGUCUAUAUAUGUUUACUUUUGUUUUAAAACAUUCUUUAUUUGUCUAUGCAUUGUUUUGUUUUUUUUCUCUAAAAGGCGUCUUACUGUACAUUUUACCUAUCAGGGUUGUUCUGCAGCCUUCGUUCAAGUUGUGGAUGAAUGUGAGUGUGAGUGUGUGGACACCAUUUAACUUGCUCCAGUUUUGUUUUCAGCAUGCUGUUGAGUUGGGUUAGGAUCGAUGUAUCUUUUUACUGUGAUGAUCUGACGUUGCCUAAUUGUUUCUUUUUCUUUUUGAUUUUUUUUUUGUGUUGCCUUUGUAUUUUAUUUUCCUCUCAGUCGACAUUGAUUAGUUGGUUUCGUUUUGUAUGGCUGCUGACCAUGUCUUGACUUAAUGCUUCCAAAUCCUAUACCAACUGAACCAUUAAAGAUAUUUUAAACAGUGAAAA